UCUGCUGUGAAGAUAGAUAUAGAAAAUAAAAUUUCCAAAUGUAAAUUGGUUUGCUAUUGUGAUUAUAAUUGCGUAACAUAAAGUUUUCCCAAUCAAGUUCCAGAACAACCUUAAGUAAACAUUAGUCGUAUUCGGUUUUUGCUUCCUCCUCCCAGUUUUGCUUCAAAAAGCUGAGCGCCCCCUGCCGGCGGAAUUCUGAGAUUCAACAGCGUCACACAAGCCGGUGUCCGUUCCAACACUCGGAGUGAAACUUGUCUGCGCUUCGGGAAAAGAAGCGAGGUUUUGGGGGCUCGUCGCUUCAGACGCUUGUUGUUUUUUCCUUCUCCCAGAAGAGACAUGAGGCGAAAGGAAAAGAGGCUGCUGCAGUUCGCCGGGCUGCUCAUAGCGGCUCUCUUAUUCCUCCCUAACGUCGGUCUAUGGUCGCUGUACAGGGACCGAGUGUUCGACAACUCGCCCGACACAGUGGACGGUCCGGGCGGCAUCCCUGCGAUUCAGGGGGUGAACAGGGUGGGGAAGGACACCAGAGUGGGACGUGAUGGUGUACGACGGAAAGACUGGCAUGACUAUGAGACGAUCAGAAGAGAUGCCACUCGAUCUGGAAACGGUGAGCAGGGAAAGCCGUUCCCGCUGACAGAUGCUGACAGGGUGGACCAGGCCUACAGGGAGAACGGCUUCAACAUCUACGUUAGCGACAGGAUCUCCCUGAAUCGCUCUGUUCCCGACAUACGGCAUCCCAACUGCAAGAAGAAGUUGUACUCAGAGAAGCUGCCCAACACCAGCAUCAUCAUCCCGUUUCAUAACGAGGGCUGGUCGUCUCUGCUGAGGACCGUUCACAGUAUACUCAACCGUUCUCCUCCAGAGCUGAUCGCAGAAAUCAUCCUGGUUGAUGACUUCAGCGACAAAGAGCACCUCAAACUGGCGCUAGAGGAGUACAUGGUACGCCUGCCAAAGGUUCGCAUCCUGAGGACGAAGAAGAGGGAGGGUCUGAUCAGGACUCGGCUGCUGGGAGCCGCCGCCGCCACAGGGGAGGUCAUCACCUUCCUGGACUCUCACUGCGAAUCCAACGUCAACUGGCUGCCGCCUCUGCUGGACCGAAUCGCCCAGAACAGGAAGACCAUCGUUUGCCCGAUGAUAGACGUCAUCGACCACGACAAUUUCGGCUAUGAAACGCAGGCGGGCGACGCCAUGCGAGGGGCUUUCGACUGGGAAAUGUACUACAAACGGAUCCCCAUCCCUCCGCAGCUACAGAAGCACGACCAAAGUGAGCCCUUCGAGUCUCCGGUGAUGGCAGGUGGACUGUUCGCUGUGGACAGGAAGUGGUUCUGGGAGCUGGGAGGAUACGACACCGGCCUGGAGAUCUGGGGAGGAGAACAGUAUGAGAUUUCCUUCAAGGUGUGGAUGUGUGGCGGUCGGAUGGAGGACAUCCCCUGCUCCCGGGUGGGACAUAUCUACAGGAAAUACGUCCCAUAUAAGGUUCCAGGAGGCGUCAGCCUGGCCAGGAACCUGAAGCGUGUAGCAGAGGUGUGGAUGGACGAAUACGCCGAGUACAUCUACCAGCGCCGGCCCGAGUACCGCCACCUGUCGGCCGGAGACGUCACGACACAAAAGGAGCUGCGCAACAAACUCAACUGCAAGAACUUCAAGUGGUUCAUGAAUGAGGUGGCCUGGGAUCUGCCCAAACACUACCCGCCGGUGGAGCCCCCUGCUGCCGCGUGGGGAGAGGUCCGUAACGUGGCCAGUGGACUGUGCAUGGAGAGCAAACACUUUGUGUCCGGAAGUCCAAUACGACUGGAGAACUGUGUGAAGGGCCGAGUUGAUGUUAGCUGGAGUCACGGACAGGUGUUCACGUUUGGCUGGAGGGAAGACAUUCGGGUGGGUGACCCCAUGCACACCAAAAAGGUCUGCUUCGAUGCCAUUUCCCACCACAGUCCUGUCACGCUGUACGACUGCCACGGCAUGAGGGGGAACCAGCUGUGGCGCUAUAGGAAGGACAAAAGCCUCUAUCACCCCGUCAGCAACAGCUGCGUGGACAGCAACGCCAACGAGUGGCGGGUCUUCAUGAACACGUGUGACCCCUCGUCCCCCAGCCAACAGUGGCUGUUUGAGAGAACCAACAGCACAGUUUUGGAGAACUUUAACCGCGGGACGAACUGAGUCUGUGCAGGUCAGAGACUCUGGACUCGUGCAGCCGUGGAAUCGGCCGCCAACGUUGCUGCUACUGCUGUGAACGGGAUCGUUCCCUGUUGUCCUAGAGCUUGGGGGUGGAAGGGUGUUAUUUUUUUCUUGCAAAGGUGCCUGAAGUAAAUCAAGUUGGGAUAUUGUAGAGAAAAGUUAAAGGAGAGAAUUUAUUCUGAUUAAUGGUGUAAGACUGACUUAAGGGUGUUGUGCUUUGGCAGCGGGUCUGUCUCACUUCCUGGUUUUGCUUUUGAGUUAUUACCCGAAAUUCCUCAUCAUUCCCUCUCCCUUUUAUCCCUUAUUUCUUGUUUCGCCCUGCCUCCUGGUCCUCACGAUGUGCCUCUGCCCUUCCGUCCGUCUCAAUCUCCCUGCUUGACUGCACCUUUGCCCACCCUUUCCAUUCUCUCCCUUUUUAAAUCCCCUUAUGUCUCUCCGGCUCUGACAACCUCCCUGGGGGAGCUUGUGGGAGGGGAGGGAGACGGCUUCGCGCUGAGCCAAAGUCAUCCUGACACCCGGUGAAGCCAGGCAGAACCACUCCGAGAAUCAGCCAGCAAAUGGGUUCUCCUCUACGUCUGCAGGCAGAGACGCCAUGAGCGGAGCUGACACAGAAACCGAGGGGACGAGACUGCCACCUUCUGCACACGCUCAGCUCGUUUCCCCCCUUUAUUCUCUGCCCUCUCAACGUUUACCCAUGAGUCACUCUCAGAUUUGUCUCCGUUGGCCUUCUAUUUUCUUCAAACACGACUGCCGUCUGAUGUUGGGAUCUGUCCUGCUUGGUACAGAAGAACGUUGCACAUUUGUUUUUUUUUGUUCUGCCCCUCGCCGAGUUCAAACCCAAUGUUGAAACUUGGGAUGUAUUCCCCAUGCUCUGUCAUCUCCCCCACAUGUAAACGUUUCUAAGCUGUCCUCUGCUGGUUCCCAGUUCAGUCACUGGAACGACCUCGUCACAGACGGCCGAGCGGCGGGUCUUGUUCUCCGGCUGUGUGACGGGCAGGCCCACUGAUUCAUGGCAGACCGGGGCCCGAUUGGCCGCCAGCCAAGCUGAUUCAUCACUUUGGCUGAAUUACUCCGGAUGGCCUCACUGAGCCAGCGCUGGGAUUCAGACAAACUUGAAUAGAAAUCUUAGUGCCUUUCAUUGGAAUCCAGAAGGUUUUGUGUGUUCACAGCGACAGAGAGCGUUUCAGGCAGUCACAGUGGAGCUUCGGUAACUUUAAAAUGAAGCUAAAAUGACCUGCGGUGUAGUGAAGGCAGCGCUGUUAAUUCUUGACUCCUGUGAAGCUUUCGAAGUUAGCGCGCUCCGAAAGCACAAACCUAGAGAGAUUGUUUUUCCUACCAUAGUUUCUCCUGCCUUCAAAGGUUAACUGCAGCCUUUCUUAGACCUUAAUCAUGGCAAGUUGCUGUGUUUCUGGUCCUUUAUUCUCUCCUGUGUUCAAUCCAAAGUACUUUAAUGGUAAAGAGAAAGACCUGGUGGUGGUUAUUAACCCUUCUAAUUUUAGAUGGUUUUGUCUGUUAAUUUAUUUUUCUUUAUUUUCUGAGAUUCACAUUAAUUCUUUUCUUUGUUCUCGAUACAGUUUGUUUUCCUUUGGGGUUUUUCUGGGAUGCUCCACUCUUCCUAACUCAGUUUGCCAAGAUCCAGUAAAUCAGAGGAAAAACAAUUCAUGAUUUUGCUUCAUUACAGUUUUUUUUUUCUUCACAUCAAGUGGUUUAUUGUCUGUGUGUGUACAAACUACAGAUGCAUCAAUUAGCUAAACAGAAUCUUUUUUUUUUUGUUGCUGGAUUUGUUCUGAUCAGAUGCUGAAAAAUAAAUAUUUAUUCUUGAUUUUCCUUUAAAGUGAAUUACAAAUAAAAACUCACACAAUUUUUAGUGUGUGAACACAUCAACCAACCUGGAAAAAAAGCUUUUACAGAUAUAUAUAAGAAAAAAGUGCUUCAUGCAGGAAAAUGCAUCUGCACUAUUUCAUACUUUUAUUCAAUCAGCUGUGAAGCAAACACUCAAGAAAAGGCUUUUAAUUCCUCUAAAAGACUCGUUGUGCUUCGCCAGCAGUUUUCACAGCAAACGUUCAAAAGACGCCGUUUCAUAUCAGAGCCCUUUGCACACGGUGGGCAGUCAGGCUUUGCUUCUAGGCUGCAGGAAGUGGCUCACUUUCAUAUCAUUUACAAUUUGUCAUCCUUUCUUUGCUCAUCUACUCUGUAUCCAGUUCACUGAUAUUAUUUAACAACAAUAAACUCUAAUUAUUUAAAACUGAAACCCAACAAACAUAACCAUGCUAGCAUGGAAGUCUUUGUUCGCUGUUGGUUGUUGUAACUUAUUGCUAGCAUUUUUUUUAAAUAGCAACACUGUAAAAUAAUUAGAAUUAGAGCUUCUGCAAGCUACUAUAUGCUCAGCACUUCUUCUUUAAUACAACUGAAUUUUAAACAAAGCAAAACAAAAAAAAAAGAUGGAAAUUUAUUCUGUUAAAUUAGCAACUAUAGAACCACAAUGACAACUGAAACGGCGUCCAUAUAUAUCAUUCAUCUGAACUACAAAAUACAACAUGUUCCAAAUUAUUAUGCAAGUGAUAUUUACUCACAUUUUCUUAAAUGGUCAAUGCAAAUGAUGGUCAGUAUA